AUGUCUUUCCUUCAUCUUGCUGCUCGUGGUGUUUCGCAUGCCCGCUUUCAUAGGGCAACAGCGAUGCUUCCUCACCCGCCCAGCCGAAUCUUGCAACAUGCCGCGUACUCUGCAUCCGCUGGUCUGUCAAAAACCGAAAUCACGGCGCGGGUCGUGGACGUAUUGAAAGGGUUCGAAAAGGUAGACCCUACGAAGCUCUCGGAGAGCUCAAGAUUUUCCGAAGACCUUGGCCUUGAUAGCUUGGACGCAGUCGAGGUUGUCAUGGCUGUGGAAGAGGAAUUUGCCAUCGAGAUUCCAGACGAGGAAGCGGACGAAAUCAAAACUGUGCAGCAAGCCAUUGACUACAUCGCCAAAACACCAGAAGGGCCCCUGUACGACCCGCGCACGUCGACGUUGCACUUCGUAGAUAUUGAGCAAAACAAGGUCUACCACCUCAAUAUUAUCACCUUAGACUUCGUCGUGGAUACGUUCGAGGAUCCGGUAACCUCACUUGCUCUGCGGAGAAACGGGAAGGGGUUGGCAUGCACAACCUCGAAAGGGUUCGCGCUCAUUGAGGGCAACUCCACCUUGCACUACCUUUGUCAGCCUUUACCUUCAAGUCAUCAGCCUCAUACUCGGUUCAAUGAUGGUGCAUGCGACUACAAAGGGCGUUAUAUCGCAGGCACGCUGUACUCGCCGCGGUAUGACGUACCUGGUCAGCUGUACAUGUACGACCCUGAAACCAAUUUAUGCGACGUUAUCGAUCAAGGCCCAUUUACGGAUUCCAAUGGUUUAGGCUGGAGUGAGGACGGCAAGACCAUGUAUUUCACAGACUCGCUAGUGAACAAGAUAUAUGCCUACGACUACGAGGACGGGAGAUUGUCCGGUAGACGUGUAUUUGUUGACUCGACUGCUCACGGCUUGCCCGAGGGGACAUUCCCCGAUGGCCUGUGCUUCGAUAGCGCAGGGGGCUUAUGGUCAGCAAGGAACUUGGUCACGUCGCUGUUCGAACAUGAACAAAUCAAGACUACCCUCCCCAAGGCGAGGGAUACCGCCAGACUUGCAGAAAAGAUCAUCACUAUGGGCAAGAAGGGCGACCUACCCGCUUUCAGACGCGCUAACGCGUUCCUCUUGAAGCCUUCUUUAGUACCCAAGGUAUUCGGCUCGUUUGCUCAGCGAUACGCAAGCCGCCCCGGGGGCUACACGAGGAUCCACAAGUUUGGUAACCGUCCAGGCGACAACGCCCCUCACGCGAUCUUGGAGCUGGUUGAUAACCCACGAGAUCUGCGUUUUGAAAUGACAGCUCGUACUGUGGGAUGGGAACUGGUAGGAAGGCGGUUAGGGAACGAUGGUCCUCGCGCUCUUGCAAGCACUGGGAUCACUGGCCUAGAGAAGACUGUGAUGCAUGAGAGAGCACUGCAACCUGAUGAGCGGGGUCAGUUGCGGCCGAAGACAAGGUGGAACUUGCAGAAAGUCCUCCGCUUCAGGAAUGAGGAUUCGGCGUCCGAGUUGGCUGUGAAAGCAGGAGAUCAUGCUGACACCCUGCUUGCGAAGUCACUUUCAGCUAUGAAUAAGGAAGCUGAGAAAGAGAGCGACGAUACACCUUAUGCAGGUUUGAAGGGACUCCGACUGAAGGCAGGCCAGACGCUGCCUGGCGGUGCGCGGAGUGCGCUCCAUAUAGCGCAGGGUGUCCUCGGGAAAGAGCCAACCGGUCGUCUGAGAUGGUUUGAGAGGAGAAGGCUAGGCGUAGACAAGACUGACAUAUGGGAACGAGCUUGA